AUGCUGCUCCCUCGCGCCGCCGCCCUCACCCUCUCGCUCCUCUCCGCGCCCCUCCUCUGCCUCUCCGUCGCCGUCAACCCGCUGCCGGCACCGCGCGACAUCCAAUGGGGCUCGUCGGGCCCGCUGCAUCUCGAGUGGGCGCUGCGAUACAACGGCCCGCUGGACACGGACGUCAAGGCUGCCUGGCUGCGCGCCUGGGCCACCGUCGUCCGCCUGCGAUGGACGCCCGCCGCCGUCGAGGCCCCCAUCCCGACCUUCGCGCCCUUCCCGCCCUUCAACACCACCACCACCAGCAGCAAGACUGACAAGCGGGAUGCCCCCCGCCGUAUCCGCAGCGUUGAUGUUAAGGUCGAGAUGGCCGAUGCCGACCUGCAGCACGGCGUCGACGAGUCCUACACCCUGACCAUUGCCAGUGCCUCCGACAAGAUCGAGAUCGUCGCGAAGACCAAGUGGGGAGCCCUGCACGCCUUCACCACGCUGCAGCAGCUCGUCAUCGUCGACAAGGGCGUGCUGGUCGUCGAGCAGCCCGUCACCAUCAAGGAUGCGCCGCUGUACCCUGUGCGAGGCAUCAUGGUCGACACCGCCCGCAACUUCAUCAGCCUCGACAAGAUCUUUGAGCAGAUCAACGCCAUGGCCCUGGCCAAGAUGAACGUGCUCCACUGGCACAUCACAGACACCCAGUCGUGGCCCAUCGAGGUGCAGUCCUUCCCCCAGAUGACCAAGGAUGCCUAUUCGCCCAGAGAGGUGUUCACGCCCGCCGAUGUCCGCGCCAUCAUCGACUACGGACGGGCUCGUGGCGUGCGCAUCGUCCCGGAGAUUGAUAUGCCGGGCCACUCCGCAUCUGGCUACAAGCAGAUCGACCCCGAUGUCCUGGCCUGUGCGGAUUCCUGGUGGUCCAACGACGUCUGGGAGAAACACACCGCGGUCGAGCCCAACCCUGGCCAGCUAGAUAUCGCCAACAACAAGACCUACGACGUCGUCGCCAAAGUCUACAAAGACAUCAGCAGCCUCUUCUCCGACCACUGGUUCCACGUCGGCGGCGACGAGCUCCAGCCCAACUGCUUCAAAUUCAGCAAACACGUCCGCAACUGGUUCCAGGCAGACCCCUCGCGCACCUUCAAUGGCCUCCUGCAGUUCUGGGUGGACAAGACCCUGCCCAUCAUGCACAAGGACCGACCUAACCGCCGCCUCGUCAUGUGGGAAGACAUGCUGCUCUCCAAGAACAUGCACGCCACCAACAUCCCCAAGGACGUCAUCAUGCAGUCCUGGAACGAGGGCAUCGCGCACAUCAAGAACCUCACCACCCUCGGCUACGACGUCAUCGUCUCCUCCGCUGACUUCAUGUACCUCGACUGCGGCUUCGGCGGCUGGGUCGGCAACGACCCGCGCUACAACGUCAUGGAGAACCCCACCGCCGACGUGCCCAACUUCAACUACGGCGGCAACGGCGGCUCCUGGUGCGGGCCCUACAAGAGCUGGCAGCGCAUCUACAACUACGACUUCACCAAGGGCCUCACCGACGCCGAGAAGAAGCACGUCCUGGGCGCCAUCGCCCCGCUCUGGUCCGAGCAGGUCGACGACGUCGUCAUUUCUGCGAAGUUCUGGCCCCGCGCCGCCGCCCUGGCUGAGCUCGUGUGGUCCGGCAAUCUGCGCAAGAACGGCACCAAGCGCACCACGGAAAUGACCCAGCGGAUCCUGAACUUCAGGGAGUAUCUCGUUGCGAAUGGUGUCAUGGCCGCGCCGCUCCAGCCCAAGUAUUGUCGGCAGCACCCGCACCACUGCGAUCUGUUCUACAAUCAAACUGCCAUUUCCUAG